UGGCGUGGAAAAGUGCUACAUAUACUCCACCGAUCCGCUCCGAUCCGAUACGACAGAUCGGUCGUGUCGGUAUUCGUGUUUUUUCGUUUCUGUUUCUGUUUUUGUAUUGUGUGUGUGGCAAGUUCAGAGAUUCUGGUCUAUAUUUUGGAAAACGCAUCCGAGCAGCAUCGUAGUUGGCACGAAUAAUCCGUGGCGAUCGGUUCUAAAGAUAUUUUCAUCAGUCAGAUUUUGGAAAAUCAGCAAGCAGCAUCAACAUGAGCAGCGUCGAUGAUGAUCUAACCCCCGAGCAGAUUGCUGUCCUCCAGAAGGCCUUCAACAGCUUCGAUCACCAGAAGACCGGCAGUAUCCCAACUGAAAUGGUUGCCGAUAUCCUGCGUCUGAUGGGUCAGCCCUUCGACAAGAAGAUCUUGGAGGAACUGAUCGAGGAGGUCGAUGAGGACAAGUCCGGUCGCCUGGAAUUCGGCGAGUUCGUACAGCUGGCUGCCAAGUUCAUCGUUGAGGAAGAUGCCGAGGCGAUGCAGAAGGAGCUGCGUGAGGCCUUCCGUCUUUAUGACAAGCAAGGAAACGGCUUCAUCCCCACCACCUGCCUGAAGGAGAUCCUUAAGGAGCUGGACGACCAGCUGACCGAGCAGGAACUGGACAUCAUGAUCGAGGAGAUCGAUUCUGAUGGUUCGGGUACAGUGGAUUUCGAUGAAUUCAUGGAGAUGAUGACCGGCGAGUAAAUAAACGCACUGCGUCUGCCAGCCACCCACACACCACACCCACCACCCCACUUGCACACACACCACAUCACACCUGGACACACAC